AUGCAGUGCCUGGAUGAAUCGUCGGCUAGUAGAGGAAACAGGAAACCCGACCACCGCUGGAAUACCCCAUCAUUUGCAGGUCCUCAAAAAACAUCAUUCCGUUGCAGAGACCAGCUUUUCACGGGGUACUUCGCUGAUGUGGAAACUGGGUGCCAGGUCUAUCACAACUGUCUUCCAGAUGGUAGGAACUCAAGUUUCGUCUGUGCUAACGGCACUAUUUUUAACCAAAAGAACUUCGUCUGUGACUGGUGGUACGGAUUUGACUGCACUCAGGCACCCAGUCUCUACCAUCUCAACACGAUGCGUAACUCCUCCCGGCUUAGAUGGAGAGCGCCAUCUAACACAACUUUGGUCCUUGCAACGGCAAGAAAGAGCAGCAGGCGUGCAAAACCUCAGUACCUUCCUAGCGACACUGGAAACGCCCUGGACGGCACAAGGCCCUCUUCACCAGCCGCACCAGGGAGAAGGACGCCACUCAGGACACCACAGCGUCCUCCUCAGUCAUCCAGAAAGCUUGUCCUCAUCCCUAGACUAGUUCCAGCGGACAAGUUGCAGAACGUCUUGAAUACUCCGGGUCGGUUCUUCCAAUUUAAAAACGGCUCCGUGGGCAUCGAUGGUUCGAGGUUACUGAACCAGACCAAGGGUCCGCUUGCGCCUCUCAAACAGACCACCUCGAAAGAUUUGAAACCAGGAGCUCUGAUUCUGGACGUGAAUAACGCUACGAAGGGCGCGUCGCUACUCAACGGAAUAGGAAACAGAACUCUGGAAGAGUUGCUGAACAGUACAGAUACGACAGUCUUAAACCGUACACUUCCUUCAAAAUUGGCAGACGAACCAGUUCCACGUGUGGUUAGCCCAGCAGAGCUACAGAGAGCACAGAGCAUGCAAAUUGGUUCUUUCUUUCCUGUUAAAUCAUCUGUAACAGGUUCAAGGAUGGAAAGAUUGUGGAAAGAAAUGUCUCCGCAGCUUCUGUCAGUAGAGUUGAAGGGUUCCCUAAAGAAUGGUUCAAAGGCGGUCAACUCAAGUACAGGCAGCUCUGCGCCACGGGACAACAUGGCGCAGGCGUCCCUGGUGUCAGUUCGUCUUCAUAAGAUACAGGACACUAAAGACGAUCACGCCACAAGCGUCAUUGCCAAGCACAAGGAUACGCUCUCGGGAUACUGCUUGUGCCCCUGUGCAUAACUUGAAAGAUAUUUCAAACACAGCUUAUAGGAAUGGAGUUAUGCAUGGUUGACAUGGAGGCGGUCUCUCUGAAGAAUCCUCGGUGGCAAAGCGUGGGAAGAUAAAACAUUAUCGUCCGAAUUGUCUUAUUUCGUUGUAUCACCUUUAUUUUUUUUUUGUCACAAUCAUGUAUGGCGUGAUUAUGCGAUUGAAAAUUAAAUGUGCGUUU